UCUGCGAGCAGCUGGGAGCGGCGGCGGCGGCGCCAUGAGCGGGGGCACCCCUUACGUCGGCAGCAAGAUCAGCCUCAUCUCCAAGGCGGAGAUCCGCUACGAGGGCAUCCUCUACACCAUCGACACCGAAAACUCCACCGUAGCCCUUGCCAAAGUUCGAUCCUUUGAUACAGAAGACAGACCAACAGAUCGUCCAAUACCACCUCGAGAUGAAGUCUUUGAAUACAUUAUAUUCUGUGGGAGUGACAUUAAAGACCUUACUGUUUGUGAGCCACCAAAACCACAGUGUUCUUUGCCUCAAGACCCAGCUAUUGUUCAGUCCUCACUAGGCUCAUCGACUUCUUCAUUCCAGUCCAUGGGUUCUUAUGGGCCUUUCGGCAGGAUGCCCGCAUGCAGUCAGUUCAGUCCAAGUUCCUUAAUUGGGCAGCAGUUUGGUGCUGUUGGUGUUGCUGGAAGCUCUUUGACAUCCUUUGGAACAGAAACAUCAAACAGUGGUACCUUACCCCAAAGUAGUGUGGUUGGUUCUGCCUUUACACAGGAUACAAGAUCUCUAAAAACACAGUUAUCUCAAGGUCGCUCAAGCCCUCCGUUAGCCCCUCUGAGAAAAAGCCCAACCAUGGAACAAGCAGUGCAGACUGCCUCGGCCCACUUACCUGCUCCAGCAGCUGUUGGGAGGAGUCCCGUAUCAACCAGGCCUUUGCCAUCUACCAGCCAAAAGGCAGGAGAGAAUCAGGAGCACAGGCGAGCUGAAAUACACAAAGUUUCAAGGCCAGAAAAUGAGCAACUCAGAAAUGAUAGCAAGAGACAAGUAGCUCCAGGUGCUCCUUCAGCUCCAAGGAGAGGGCGUGGGGGUCAUCGGGGUGGCAGGGGAAGAUUUGGUAUUCGGCGAGAUGGGCCAAUGAAAUCUGAGAAAGACUUUAAUAUAAUAAAAAAAAAAAGUGCAAAUGCACAAUUCAACAAGGAAGAGAUUGACAGAGAGUUUCACAAUAAACUUAAAUUAAAAGAAGAUAAACUUGAGAAACAGGAGAAGCCUGUAAAUGGUGAAGAUAAAGGAGACUCAGGAGUUGAUACCCAAAACAGUGAAGGAAAUGCUGAUGAAGAAGAUCCACCUGGACCUAAUUGCUAUUAUGACAAAACUAAAUCCUUCUUUGAUAAUAUUUCUUGUGAUGACAAUAGAGAACGGAGACCAACCUGGGCUGAAGAAAGAAGAUUAAAUGCUGAAACAUUUGGAAUCCCACUUCGUCCAAACCGUGGCCGUGGGGGAUACAGAGGCAGAGGAGGUCUUGGUUUCCGUGGUGGCAGAGGGCGUGGUGGUGGCAGAGGUGGUACCUUCACUGCCCCUCGAGGAUUUCGCAGUGGAUUCAGAGGAGGUCGUGGGGGCCAGGAGUUUGCAGAUUUUGAAUAUAGGAAAGACAACAAAGUUGCUGCAUAG